AUGAAGGAGGGACCCCACAGUAUACUUGCCGACGAUGAGUUCUACGACGCCAUAGAGUCGGGCUUGGACAAAAUGGAAGAGGAGCAGGAGCUAAGAGAGCUGCUGAAGAGCGGACAGAUACCCAUCACACCUCCUCCCAUUUCUCCCGCUUGUCAACACAAACUCUGGCCUGAAAUCGACAGAGUGGUAAAACAGCAGGUAGCGAUGGCUCGAAUGGGUAUCGGGGAGUGCGGAACGGGGUGGCAACUGUUCGCUGAAGACGGGGAGAUGAAGAUGUACCGCAGGGAGGAGGAAAUCGACGGCAUGGUGGUGGAUCCUCUCAAAGCGGUGCAUGUGGUCAAGGGCAUAACGGGUCACGAAGUUUGCCAAUAUUUCUUCGAGCCAAAGUAUAGGUAUGACUGGGAAACCACAUUAGAACACAUGACCGUACUGGAAACGAUAGCCGAGGAUACAUUAAUUUUUCAUCAAGUUCACAAGAGAAUAUGGCCGGCUAGUCAGCGGGAUGUUGUUUUUUGGUCCCACUUAAGGCAGUUGCCGAAUGAUCAAGACAGGGAGGGGCCAGAUAUGUGGACCGUGGUUAACAAUUCGACUGAAAUUUCAACUUAUCCGGCAAACUCAGGCAAAUGCGUCAGGAUAUUCUUGACGGUAUGUCUGCUGUGUCAGACUAGAGUGAUACCACCAAAGGAAGGCACAGCUUUGUCAAGAGAUAAUGUUUCAUGCAAAAUAACUUACUGUUCAGUGGUAAAUCCGGGAGGAUGGGCACCGGCGUCCGUUUUGCGGGCAGUUUACAAAAGAGAGUAUCCAAAGUUUCUGAAGAGGUUUACCGCAUAUGUUAAAAAUCAAACGAAAAAUCAAGCUAUACUGUUUUAGCACCGAGAUGAGAGCUUUAUUGUUUUAUAAUUUUUGUUUUAAUUAAUAAAUGUUAUUUUGUGUUA